UUUCUCUCUUAAGUACGAUAGCAUGACUUUUGCAUUGCAUUUUUAAUCCAUUAUUUACUCUCAGUUUUAAUAGACGGAAUAAAAGCCAAUAUCUGGUGCGUACAGAAACAAUAAGGCUAUGAAGAGUAAAUCUGUUCCUUCUUACACCAGGUUCCAGGUUUGAUAUGUGCGCUCUGUGAAUGAAAGUUCAAUGAGCUACAAAGGAAGUUGGGUUCUACAAAGGAGAACUGGUACUUGCUUCUACCUCCUCCACAUCUCCGGCAGAACCCAGUACAAUGCUUUCUCGAUCACCAGAACCUUCUGUUCUCAGAAAAGUCCACCAGACAAACCUGUGGCCGCUCAGGAGCAGAUAUCGGCUGCCUUGAAGAACGUGACCAAGCUUGGGAAACAGUGGGGACGGAAUAGUGUGAAAACUGCGACAGCUACUGUCAAUUACUGGUGGGAAAAGUAUGAAGAGUUUGUUGGCCUUAAUGAGGUUCGAGAUGCUCAGUCCAAGGUUACUGAGGCUGAGAAGGCUUUCAUGGUGGCCAGGGGAAUGGUUCAUGAGGCUCAUGUGAGUUUGGAGGCUCUUCAGAUGAGGCUUAAGGAGGUUAGAGAUCGUCUGGAUAGAGUGUCAAGAGAGGAGGCACAUUAUUUGGAAUUGGCAACACUGGAACACAAGUUACUUCAGGAAGAACGGCGCCUCAAAACGGCUUACGAAAAUGCAGAGGAAGGAGAGCGGGAAAAAUUUGCCCUUUUCUCCGCUGGCGUGCGCGAGAGUCAUGAGAAGGAGCGGGCACGGGCCGAACGUACCAAGAACUGGUCCAUCGUUGGCUCAGUACUGGGUGCCAUUAUUGGUGUCAUGGGGUCCACUUAUAUCAACAGGGUGCGCCUUCAGGAGCUGAAAAGCUUGCUCCUGGAGGCUCAGAAGGGACCAGCGAGCCUACAAGAAGCUAUUAAAGUCCAAGCCAGUUCUCACAAGAGCCAGCAAGAGGAGCUCCGAGGCCUGAUCGACACGCUUAGGUUAGCCAUUACGAAUCGAACAGAUGCAAAACGUAUAUCUGUUCCCAUAGCAGCUCAACCUGCAGUACCACCUUCAAAACCCAGCAUGUCAGAAGAAGCCAUUAAAGAGAUGCUUCUGCAUAGCCAGAGAGCUCAGUUAGUUGUGGAAGAUAUCAAGCCACAGAUGGAGCAGAUCAGACAGAAUUUAGGGAAGAUGAUGACUGAGUUUCAGGCCGUGAAGAAAUCCAUCUCAGAUCGUCCUACGGAAAAACCUUUCAUUCAGAUGAAAGAUGCUCCACUUUUAGUGUGUGAAACAGAGAGCAUUAUCCAAGGCCUGGACCAGACUGAGAAAAGACUGGGGUCUCAGAUUAACAAGUCUACUCUGUACAACACUAUUCUGACUUACACAGCAUUUGCCUUAUCCCUGCCAGUGCUGUAUAUCAUCUUUAAAGCUACAUGAUGAAAUCCUCUAGACUGUAGCAUGGACUUGGGGGACCAUCAUUUGUGAGACCUCAGAUGUUAAAGAGUAUUGUAGCAGCUGUAUCAUGGACCCGUGCACUGAUUAGUAAAGAAUUAAAACCAUGAACCUGAA